CUAGAGUCGAGGGACUUUCAACCAUUCAAUCAUGAGAGCCUGCUGCGCAUAUUUUUCGAACUUUUGAAUGAAGUCCUUUGCAAUGAACAGAACAAGUACAAAACUUGUUAACGCAGGAAUGCGCUCUCACAUCUUCUUCUAGUCUCCUGACGGGAACGAUGUCGCUUUUACUUCGCUGAGGGUUCAACGAUAUGUCCGAGCCGGUCGUUAAGGCUCCUGGUAUCGUACCUCCGUUGUGGGAAGGAACGACGUCGGCUCAGCUCACCUCGCACCUUCCAAUAUAAGCUUUUCUCUGUUGUUUUGCAAGACUCAUUCUCAUGUUAUGGCUCGCGUCGCUGUUUUGCGGAUAUUUUCCUCCCCUUCCCAUCUUUUCUGCUCUCUUUCGUUGUCUUUCAUCGUAUUGCGAUCUUGGUUUCGAUUCUUCUAUCAGACAUCUCCAGUCUUUGGCAAACUCCUUUCUUGGAUCGCUUGGAUACCGUCUUUCGAAAUCAUGGAAAAUUUCAGAAGCCCUACUUCCAUCUCUAUCUCCAGAGUAGAAUCGGCGUCAUUGUCGUUCUUCGCUCCUCGACCUUUGCGCGUUAGAAAGGAUAUCAAUGCGCGAUCAAACAGUUUGGUGCCUGCACCUCUAAGAAUUGUGAAGGCUAAGCCUGUCGACCCAUCUAUCACUUGCGCUCGCGUUCGUGCAAUCUCUUCCACUUCCGGUUCCUCUAGUCAAGAUUGCCUGGAACUUCUCAGAAACCCCAUGGACUGUGGAUCCAACUCGUCAAACAUUCUAUCUACUCAGCACCAGAAGCAAAAAGCUCGCGAAACCAACGUCUGUCUUACUUCUCACCUAGAUGAACGGAUUGAUACUCAAAGCAAUUCCUACAAGGAUAGCUCAUUUGCAUCUCCAACGGAUCUCCCGCUUAUAGUCCGCAAGCAACGGCGUGACAUUCAAAACGUCAUAUCUCAACAGCGAAGAAGCCAACGCGACUUUAGCUCUGACGACUGCAAACGCGUCUUGCGGCUAAUCCCUAGCCAGCAUUUUCCUUCUUCUCGAAAGUCAUCUUAUGCCGUCCCUGAAUAUCCGCCAUUGCGCAUUUCAUCUACAACUUCAUACCAAAAUCCCGUUUCACCAGUUGAUAGCGAGGAAUUACUAGACAUAACCAACGCAAAACAUGAUCCUCCAUUGGCAAGAAGAUCGCAUGGCGCUGAAAGAAGUUGUUCUGAAUCCUCCACCAUUCAUCAUCCGCCAAAUAAAUGCUCCAUCCCUGCCGAAAAAAAAUAUCAUAGCCGGUGCCACUCUGAAGUACCUGCAUUUGCCAACCAUAGCUCUGAGAGAGCAGGAGAGUUACUAUCACCAUCUUCUCGAAUUGUCUCCCACGCGUUCGAUAGGAUUUCUUCAGCUCAGUCCCAAAUUGUUCGUUUUCAAAACGGUUUUGAGCCCAUGAGGGAGCACCGGCGGUCAAAAUCAGAGCCGGUUCCGACCAAAGGUGUGGUGGAGCCCAAGAAGUCACGCGCAGCCUCUUUACGAGGCUUCCUCUGCCGUUUAUUCGGUAGAGGCGCACGUGCAGCUUCGAGGGCGAGGAAACCACCCCCGGAACUGGCCACCGCCGGUGCUGCCAAGUCCUCCUGCUCCCAGCGGGGCGAUCGUAAGGUCACCUCGUUUGGGCAGCGGUUCCUCCUGCCGCCCCCGCCCCCUGCCGACCUCACCGCGGCCAACCCAGGGCCCACGAUCAGGGUCCCGAAACGGCGAUCGAACACGAUCGCUGUGACGGGCCCUGCGUCCCUUCCCGCCGCAGCCCCGAUCUCGGCGAGGACCCGAGCCGGCACGUUUCCGCAAGGAAGCAACGCUGGACUCUUGAGGGUCCAAGCUGAGUUCCGGGCUGAUGGCCGGGAGGAGGAGUUCGUGGAUGCCGCCCUGUGGUAUCUCGGACUGGCCGUCUUGGUCGUUCCAAUGCUCAGUUUCAUGUGAAACUGACAUUGGAUCGGCUAGGAGGAUGGUGGUCGGCGGGAGGUGUGGAGCGCGGCGACGGGGGAAGUGUCUGUCGGGUGUUGACCAUGCCACAAUGUCUGUCGUGAAAUAAGCUACCAGAUGGAAUCCUGCUUCUAGUAUAUAUAAUGCAGAAAU